UUGAUUAUUUUCCUUUAGUACACAAUCUGAGUUCUUUAUUACCUUCCUCAAUGUGUCAUUUUGUCUAUCUGGUCAAAGGCCUAAACACAUGCAGCACGGUAAGCUUACUGCCCUAAUAAAAAAGCCAGUAUUAUGUGUGUUGCCAGGAGCAUGAAGGAGAGUGCUUAAAUGAGCUUGUUAAGAAGGGGGUGAGAGAGGACAGGAAAAAGUGUAGGGAUCAGGAUAGGGUACGAUAUAAAGGCCGAGUGGGACAAGUUGACACUCAGAUCCGUGGAACUCUGCUCGUCUUAAAGCAACUUCCUUAAACAACUGUCCAAAGCUGACACAGCCUGACGGAGCAGAAUAAGGAUGCGUGGAGCAGUGGCUGGUUGCUUGGUGUUGGCAUGCCUGGUGGCGCUGCUGGUUGAGAAGACCGAGGGACACAUCACCUUCUUCAGUCCAAAGGAGAUGAUGCUGUUUAAGGAGAGAGAAGGUAGAAAGGACAUGGAGCCUAAAUCCAAUGGUCAGUAUGAAGAGGAGACAGGUCAACAGCUUCCUCGUGUGGAACGUGGUGAGAGUCCUGAUGAAACAUUGGAGAUUGGCGUCCGACUUUCACCCAAACAGCUAGAUGUGCUCAAAGAGAACAUCCAUGAGAUAGUGGAGGAACAUCAGAAAGCCAAGUAACAAGGCCGAAGACACCAUGUGAUGAACGCUGUACAAAUUCUUCAAAAGGCACUGAAUAGCAUAUGUUUUAUUGUGUUUCAAUCAAUCAGUCAAUAAAGAGUAGUGAUCGUGCCACUUA